AUGGCUUCUGCAACGAACAGUGGUUACCCAACCAACUUCAUCCUGACCCCGCAGCAGCAGAGUCUGCUCUUCGCCGCCCUCAACUCGAACAAGCAGCAGCUGGCCGCGAACCAGUCCCCCGGCACUAAGGCGACCUCGAUGUCGCCCUCUUCCUUCCAGACCUCGCCGGCCCAGGCCCCGGCCAACGGCUUCCAGGAGAGCCCCUACCUCGACAACUACGACUAUGACUUUGGCGACUCCAGCUUCGACUUUGACUUCACCAACGACCAGGGCAAGAUGAUUGGAGACAUCCCGAGUUCCGCCAAGUCUACCAAGUCCACCAAGUCAGAUUCCACCGAAAACGACACCUCCGACAAGAGGCCCCAUCCCGACGAUGAGGACGACGAGGGCUCGCCUGGCAACGACCCCAAGAGACGCGAGGGCGCGGAGAAGGUCCCGAAGAAGCCGGGGCGCAAGCCCCUUACCUCCGAGCCGAGCUCAAAGCGCAAGGCCCAGAAUCGCGCCGCUCAACGGGCGUUCCGUGAGCGUAAGGAGAAGCACUUGAAGGAUCUUGAGACCAAGGUGGAGGAACUGGAGAAGGCGUCCAAGGACGCGAGCAGCGAGAACAGCAUCCUGAAGGCCCAGAUCGAGAAGAUGACGGGCGAGCUCAACGAGUACAAGACCAAGCUCGCCGCCAUGAGCACGCGCUCCGUCUCCCACGGCAAGUCGCCCAUGGGCUUCGGCGCAUCCGCAAUUGGCAACCUGAGUGAUGUCAACUUCCAAUUUGAGUUCCCCAAGUUUGGCGUCCUCCCUGGGUCGACCAUGCCCAAGCCCGUACAACGAGCAGGAUCCUCGGCGUCGCCCCAGACAAAUGGGAGCAACCCCGUGAGCCCUCUCAACACCAAGGACAACAACAGCCCCCACAUCAUCAACGGGCUGGACUUCAGCACCAAGGACGACUUGGCCACCUUCACCUCUCUCUUCAGCCCGUCCAUGAGCGCUUCCAACGGCACCGGCACGUCCCGGGCCAGCGUUGACUCUGGCCCGUACAGCAUGCACAACGGCACAUCGACCAGCUCGCCAUCGGCCUCGUCUCAGUCAAACGCCGGCCCAAGUUCGUCUUGCGGCACGUCUCCUGAACCGUUCACUCAGUCGCCCAUGGGCUUCAAGCCCGUCGACACGAUGACCACCAUCGGCGAGGAGCACACCGGCCAGCAAUCAUUAUUCGCCGGCAUCGACACCAACAGUAUCGACUGGUUCGCUCAGCAGAACGGCGGACAGUUUGACCCUCAACUCUUUGGCAACUACAGAGAGCCUCAGGAGAACAUCCUGGGAGGCAACUUUGACGAAAGCUUCUUCAACGAAGCCCUCGACGCCGACUUCAUUACACCAUACAACAUGGCGGCGCCCAGCCCCGCCCAGCCCAAGAAGAACCUCAUCGACCAGAUCGAUGCCGCCAAGAACGCCGAUGACGACGUGGUUAAGGAGGCCGUCAAGCCCGAGAACUACAACUGCAAUAAGAUAUGGGAGAAGCUGCAAGACUGCCCCAGCGUGCAGAGCGGCGAGUUCGACCUCGACGGCCUCUGCUCCGAGCUGCAGAAGAAGGCCAAGUGCUCGGGUCAGGGGCCGGUCGUGUCUGAGACGGACUUCCAGUCUGUCGUCAACAAGUGGAUGGGCAAGGACGCGGCGGCCUGCUUCCAGGGCAAGACCAAGGCCUGA